AUGCCUAUGAUUCCAAAACAACACAGAGAGUUCCAUACUGAUACUGACCCUUUUUGGUUAGAGGAUAAUUUCCUGACUGAUGAGUCAAUGCCUCAUUAUGAUCCAAAUGCAAAAGAAGAAGGGAAAUCAACUCAAAAAAUGUCCAAUAUGAAUAUGGAUAUGAAUAUGGAUAAAAAGGUUGAUGAAAUGAAGGAUUUCACCACGGGUGUACAAAGUUCAUUACACGAUUACAAAAUGCCAAUGAUGGAAAACAAUUCCAAAAGUAAAUUCAAGGAGCAGCAUGAGGAACCCGUUGAUGAGCUCCUCAACUUUUUGGGCUAA